GAAGGUGAAUCAGAGCAUGACUAGACUGCCUACUUCCCCUCCCCCUUUGCUCUCUGGCAAAUGCAGCACAUUUGUGUAACAACCUGAGCAGCGUCACCAGUCUCUCAGGGGACAGAACCACAAAAACCAUGCAGCAGUGAGAUUGUUGCAGUCAUGAACUCCUCUGACACUCAGAAGGGGAAAGUAGCCAUUGUUGGAGGUGGUCUGGUGGGUGCUUUAAAUGUCUGUUUCUUUGCAAGAAGAGGGUUCCAAGUUGAUAUGUAUGAAGCCAGAGAAGAUAUCCGCAUCGCCAGAGCUGCUCGGGGCAGGAGCAUUAACUUGGCGCUGUCUCACAGAGGACGCCAGGCCCUCAAGGCCGUUGGGAUGGAAGAGCAGAUUGUGGCCAAAGGCAUCCCCAUGCGGGCCAGGAGGAUACACACACCCACAGGAAAAAGAUAUUCCAUCCCCUAUGGAACAAAGAGCCAGUACAUUCUCUCUGUGGACAGAGCAAAUUUAAACAAAGAGCUGCUAACAGCUGCUGAGAAGUACCCCAACGCUAAGUUGUACUUUGGACACAAGCUGCUCCACUGCCACAUUGAAUCAGGGCUAUUAACCUUACAAGGCCCUGACCAGACACCCAUGGAAGUCACUUAUGACCUCAUUGUGGGAUGCGAUGGAGCCUUUUCUACAGUCAGAAAGCAGUUCAUGCGGCAAACAUGCUUUAACUACAGCCAUGUGUACAUUCCUCAUGGGUACAUGGAGUUGACCAUCCCACCCAAGGAUGGGGAUUUUGCCAUGGAAGAGAAUUACCUUCACAUCUGGCCCAGGAACACCUUCAUGAUGAUUGCAUUGCCUAACCUGGAUAAGUCGUUCACCUGCACGCUCUUCAUGCCCUUCGAGGAUUUUGAACGGCUCACGACAGGCGAUCAAGUGCUGGAUUUCUUCCAAACCUACUUCCCGGAUUCAAUUCCCCUCAUAGGAGCGCAAGAGCUACAGCGCGAUUACUUUUUGCUGCCACCCCAGGCCAUGAUCUCUGUGAAGUGUUCUUCAUACCACAUCACCUCCCGGUGUGUGCUGAUGGGAGAUGCCGCCCACGCCGUGGUACCGUUCUAUGGACAAGGCAUGAACGCUGGAUUUGAAGACUGCUUGGUCUUCGAUGAGUUAAUGGACCAGUUCCACAAUGAUCUCAGUGCCUGCCUGCCCGAGUUCUCCCGGCUGCGAGUGCCUGACGACCAUGCCAUUUCCGAUCUAGCCAUGUACAACUACAUAGAGAUGCGCGCACAUGUUAAUUCCAAGUGGUUCAUUUUCCGCAAGUACGUGGACAACUUUCUUCACCGGCUCAUGCCCUCCACCGUUAUCCCGUUAUACACAAUGGUCACGUUCACUAGAAUCCGCUACCAUGAGGCGCUGCAGCGCUGGAAAUGGCAGAACGAGGUGAUUAAUAAAGGACUCUUCAUAAUUGGGGCAGCAGCAGCACUGGGUGGCAGCUACCUGCUCAUAAAGUGGGUACCCCGUAAGUCUGACUCCUGCACAGAAAAGCUGUGGAGCUGGAUACUUCAUCUCAAGAAAACUGGAAGCGUCCCACUGGAAACACAACUGGCAUAAAUGCCCGGGGAGCAGUAGAGGGGACACCUGGCAAAGGCCUGGGCUAUAAACUCGGAGAGACAACUAGUGGGAGGGACACAAAGGGGGCACCAGCUAAAGGGGGGCACGUAACCUCCCCAAAUAACUCCCACAAGUGACUCAUCCCUGCUCCCCAUGUGAUCCCCCUAUGUGACUCGUCCCCGCCUUGCCCCCAGCCCGGGGGCCCUGUGCUCUCCCCAUCUCCUCCCAUCCCAGGUUACUUGGCAGGGAGGGGGGCUCUGCUCCAGUGCCCCGGCAUGUGUGGAGCCACUAACGCACUCUCCCGGGCAGCCUCCGGCCAUGCUGCCUGCCGGGGACACUGCCUGUGGUGCGGCACACAGCGGUUGCUCUCUAUGGGCUGUCCCACACAGGCA